AGUUUAAACCAAGCUGGUCGAGAUGUUCAUCGAGUGUUUUCUUCUGCUGUCGGCAAUCAACUUCCUGUCCGCAGGACGAGUUCCCCAACCGGAAGAACGCAUCAUCGGUGGAAUAGAUUUUGAAAUAGAAGAUGCCCCGUGGCAGGUGUCCUUACAAAUAGAGGGAGAACAUUGUUGUGGUGGCUCUAUUUACAGCAAGGACAUUAUCAUCACUGCUGCCCACUGCCGCUUUACCGAAGAAGGAGUAGAACUUAAAGCCGAAGAUUUUCAAGUUCGCGUAGGAUCCUCACUGACAAGCAGCAACGGGACUCUAAUCAAAGUGAAAGCAAUUAAAUCACACGAAAAGUUUAAGCACACAACAUUUACAAACGACAUUGCUGUGAUGCGAUUGAGUGAGUCACUUGAGUUCUCGAGCAAAGUGCAGCCGAUUCCCUUAGCCGAAAGAAAUCCGACAGCCGGGACUUUUGCGAUGACUUCUGGUUGGGGAGCAGUGAGUGUCACCCGUGGAUUUAUUUCAUCCUAUAUACAAGUGAUAGUAGAGGAUUAUCGUGAACGUCUUAAAAGCACACUCCUUCCUAUUCGAAAUUGUCGGGAAUAUAAGGACACCAAUGAGGAUAACAUUUGUGUCUAUUUUCCUGGACAAUCGACUUGUUCCGGCGAUACUGGUGGACCUUUGGUUGUUAACCAUCAACUUGUCGGUGUUACCUCAUUUUCUCCUAGUCUUUGCAAUGGCUUUGCAGCCUUCGCAGGAAUUCCAUUUUUCAGAAACUGGAUUUUAAAUGCCAUUGAUUUAAUUUAGAUGUUCAUCUUUAAAAAGAAACCGCAAAAAAAAAAAAAAAAAACAAUCAGUAAAAAGUAAAAAGUCAAUCGUUCAACAUAUUUAAAAAAUCAAAAAUAAAUGUAUCCAAGGGAACCAAAACUCGUUUUUUUAUGAAAACUCUUGUGUAGUAAUUUCUGUGAACUGUUUACUUUUCCAAUAAACACAGCGAUCACCUAGUCA